AUGUCAGGCACCACCCCACAUAAGCUGAUCAACUCGUCGUCGUCGUCGCGGAGUCUCGGCUCGCCGCGUGGGGGCAGCGGCAAGAGCUCUGGAGAGUGUGUUCGUGUCGCUGUCCGCGUCCGACCCUUCAACGAGCGGGAACUGGCACUCGGAUCGACGUCGGUCAUCUCUAUGUACGGCGCUGCGACGGCGAUCGAAGAUGUGGAGAACGAGCGGGCGAAGCAUGAGUACACAUACGACUAUUCGUUUGACUCGUCGCAGCCAGCAUCACCGGCGUUUGCCUCGCAGGAGGAUGUUUUCGAGGCGCUGGGACGGCCGCUCAUAGAGCACGCGUGGUCGGGCUUCAACUGCUCGAUGUUUGCGUACGGACAGACCGGAUCAGGCAAGUCGUACACCAUGAUGGGCUACGGCGAGGCCAAAGGCCUCAUUCCGCGCGGUUGCGAAGCGUUGUUUGAGCGGCUGGCGGCGGCCGAGGCUGAUGCCCAGGUCUCGGGCGCGUCGGUUGAGGUCUCGUAUCUGGAGAUCUACAACGAGAACAUCCGCGACUUGCUGAGCCCGCGGCUCGGCGCGACGCGCACGUUGAGCGGAUUGCAGCGAGUCGAGUCGCCUGGGGCACACCGAGCCGGUGAACACUCGGGCUCGCACCUGACCAUCCGUGAGAACCCGCAGCUGGGCGUGUAUGUUGUGGGCCUCUCCAAGAUCCUGGUCAAGUCGUACGCCGACAUCGAGAAGGCCAUCAACGCCGGAAACCGGUCGCGGACGGUGGCCCGGACCAAGAUGAACGACACUUCCUCGCGGUCGCACUCGGUCUUCACCAUCUACUUUAGCAAGGAGGCCGAGACAAGCAUAGGCUCGGAGAGCACGUUCUCCAAGAUUUCGCUCAUUGACCUUGCCGGCUCGGAGCGGCAGAAGCACACGCAGGCCCAAGGCGAGCGGCUCAAGGAAGCGUGCUCGAUCAACAAGUCGCUCUCGGCGCUGGGCAACGUCAUCUCGGUCCUCGCCGACAACUCACACCGCCCGCGGCGGCAGCACAAGUACGUGCCGUACCGCGACUCGGCACUCACGCGCCUGCUGCAAGAGUCGCUCGGCGGCAACUCAAAGACGGUCAUGAUUGCCACAGUCUCGCCGGCAGCCGAUAACUUUGACGAGUCGCUCUCGACGCUGAAGUAUGCGCACCGCGCCAAGCAGAUUGUCAACUCGGCGCGCAAGAACGAAGAGGUCAAGGCUGCGGCGGUCGACGCACUGCAGGCCGAGGUCCUUCGGCUCAAAGAGCUACUGGCGGCGUCGUCGGGCGGAGGCGGAACCGGGACUGCCGCGUCGCCCCAGGACCGGCUGGCGCAGGAGGAGGCCGCCAGUCGGCUCGCCGAGAACGAGGCGCUCAUCGCCGAGCUUUCCAUGACGGUUGCCGAGAAGGAGCGGCGGACUGAGGAGAUUAAUCGGCUGCGGAGCGAGGCGCUGGCCGACAUGGGCAUUUCCAUGGUCGAGCUCACUGGGGCGCUCGGCGUGGAUAAGUCGACACCGCACCUGGUCAACCUCAAUGCCGACCCGCUCAUGUCCGAGAACCUGGUUUACUUUCUCAAUGACAACGUGACCCGGAUCGGCAAGGCGACUGCGAGCGUCCCGCAGGACAUUGUCCUCUCAGGCUUCAACAUCCAAGACGAGCACUGCACCAUCGAGGCCGCCGCCGAUGGCAGCAUGAUACUGCACCCGGCUGCAAACGCCAAGACCUUUGUCAACGGCGAGCAGGUGACCGAGCCGGCGGUCCUCGCCACCGGCCACCGCAUCAUUCUUGGCAACAACUACCUGUUCCGCUACACCAACCCGGCCGAGCUCGAGCAGCUUCUGGCCGAGUCGGACGGCAAGCUGCCGCCCGAGCUGGCAGGCGGCUUUGAGUUUGCCAUGCGCGAGUUCCUCGCCGCCCGCGGGCAGAGCGUCGACGUCGAUCCGGACUCGGAGGCCGGGCUCAUUCUGCGGCUGGUCGAGGCCACCGACGAGGCCAACGACGUGGCCGAGCUGUUGAAGAAGAAAAUGAUAUUCUCGGUCGAGCUCCACGACAACGACGACGGCAAGCGCGAGGUCGGCAUCCGGGCCACAAACUUGCUCACCGACUCGACCAAGUUCUGGAGCGUGGAAAAGUUCGACAACCGCUUUGCCGCCAUCCAGCAGUACAUGGAGAUUUACGGGCAGACCGGAUCGUGGGACGUGCCGGCUGAAGACGACCCGUUCUUUGACCCGCCGUCGGACCAACUGAUCGGGACGGCGACAGUGGCACUGGGUCCGCUACUCAGCCACGGCGUCAUCGACGGCUGGUUUCCGGCCACCUUUGGUCGAUUCGACGAGGCCCGGGGCGAAGUCCACCUCCGGCUCUCGGUCGUGGCCGCGCCAUUGGACUCGACGCCGUCGCCGGUGCUCCUCGCACAAGCCAAGCCGCUGCUCAUCACCAAAGACACCAUCGGCUCGCUGGUGGCGGUCAACAUCUCGGUCGCCGGCAUCCGCGAGGUGACCUGCGAGUUUGACGAAGGCAUGUUUGUGCGGUUCUUCUUCCCCGAAGGCUCCGAGGAGGUGACGCCGCGGACAGAGGCAGUCUCGUUGCAAGAGUCGGUCUCGAGCAAGAGGGCGAGCGAGACGCCGCUGGCGUACUUCGAGUCAUUUGUCAUGCCGCUCUCAAAGUCGCUGGUGGCGCAGCUUGGCACGGGCUCACUCAAGUUUGAGCUGUGGGGACACGACUCUCUCGAGGCGCGUGAUCCUGACGUCCUGCAAGCUGUGCUUCGCACCCGCGACGCCGAGCUCGAAGCCGCCCGGCGCAACUUUGCCGACAUCAACGCCAAGCAAGCCGACGAGAUUGCGGCGCUCAAGGCGCGGGUGGCCGAGCUCGAGUCGAACGCGUACACGGUGCUCAAGGACGAGGUCAACGAGUUCCGCGCGAAGAAGGCCAAGUUUGAGGCCACGCUUCGGACGCUCCACGACACGCUGCCGGCGUUUGAGAGCCAGCUCAAUUCGAUGAUGGCGUCGGCAAGCGCAAGCGCCGCCGGCGUCGGCACGCCGCCGCGCACGCCGCGCAAGCUCACGCCGCGCGAGCUGAGCCAGCCAUUCCUUGGGCAUUGAGUGCCGUAGAUUGUCGAACAAAGCAAGGUGACCAUAUUCGUGUUCCAUGACUUUAUACGGCUCGGUUCAACCGAGGAUGCCGACCGACUUGCACUUUUCGACGGCAGCCGACGCCUCGACUGGGUCCAUCGACUUGAGGGUGUCGCGGACAGCGGCAACGUCGCCGGAGAGAAUGGCAUCGCGGAGAGCCUCAGGGAGGGUGUCCAUGACUGCGGCGUAAGCCUGGUACUCCUCGGUCUGAGCGAUGGCCUCCUGCUCUUCGGGAGUGAGGCCCUCGGCGGCAACUGGGGCGGCAGCGGCGG